CUCAGCACUUUCUGUAGAGAAGCACCUGACCGCGAGCAGCCGGUUGGGGGCGGAGUUGGACGUGCAGUUCCGUCCUAGACCUCCAGCCGAAUUUGUAGUUCAACGGAGCGCUGUACAUUGGUCGUGUGAAGAGUAAAUAAGGUCACAGGCUUAAAGCAGCUGAGUCAACUGGCAGAAGGCACCUUUCCUUUGACCACCACCAUCAUCAACAUCUCAGGGACAACAGCUUCAGUGAAUAGGAGUGGGGUUCAAUCAGCUCCCCCUUCAUUAAAUCGCUGCUGCCUCUUGGAACCUAACUGGCAGACAGGAGUGCACCACUAAUGUCAGCAGAGAAGAUGGAGACAACGAGUGUGUCCAAUGGAGCAGGGCCUGUGUAUGAAGAGAAAGAGGACAGCCUCAGUCCUGAGGAUCUGUCUGAGAUGUUGGCAGCAGGGACUAAAGAGGUUCACGAAAAGGCUGAGAACACCCAGUUUGUGAAGGAUUUCCUCAGGGGGCGCAUCCGCAAAGAGCUCUUCAAGCUUGGUGCUGUGGCACUCUACUACACUUACACAGCCAUGGAGGAGGAGAUUGAAAGGAACAAGGACCACCCCCACUUUGCCCCUCUUUAUUUUCCUGCAGAGCUGCACCGCCACGAAGCUCUGGCCCGUGACCUCGAGUAUUUUUAUGGCCCAGAAUGGCAGAGCCAGGUCAGCUGCUCCGAGGCCACCCAGUGCUAUGUGGACCGUAUCCACCAAGUGGGGCAGGAGGACCCAGUGCUGCUGGUGGCCCACGCCUACACCCGUUACAUGGGGGACCUGUCAGGGGGCCAGGUGCUGAAGAAGGUGGCGCAGAGAGCCUUAAAGCUUCCUCCCACGGGAGAGGGCCUGGAGUUCUAUCAGUUUGAUGCCAUCCACAGUGCCAAAGCUUUCAAGCAGCUGUACCGCAGUCGGAUGAACGAACUGGAACUAGACAUGGAAACAAAGAAGAGGCUGGUGGAUGAGGCUGUCAAGGCCUUCCAGUUCAAUAUGGAGGUGUUUGAGGAGUUGGAAGAGAUUGGUAAAACUAUCAAGGAGGAUGUUUUAGAUGCUGGCAUGCCUGUCCACGGAGAAAUGGGUGGCGACAUCAGCAAAUGUCCCUACUAUGCCGCAAAAAUGGCUGCGUCAGGUGGAACUGCGUAUGCCUGUCAAAUUGCCAUGGCCGUACUCCGACACCCAACAGGACAGGUUCUGUUUGCUACUUGGUUUGCUGCUCUGGCUGGAUUGGCUGCAUGGUAUCUGAUGUGAUCUGGCCUUCAGCCUGUCAAUUUACUGCUGUGAGAGAGAGGGGGAGGAGAAACAUAGAAGGAAGGAUAGUAAGGAAACUAGAAAAUUUCCUCAAGAUAGAUGUAGACCAUUUCAUAGUUUCAUACAAACAUUCUUUAUGUGUCCAAAUUUAUUUAAUGUUGCUUGUUGAUGGUGGAAGAUAAUAAGAAAUAAACUUGGAUUUGUUUCUUAUCAGUGGAAUUCCAGUGAGAUGAUCUGUAGGACCAUUAGCACAUCAAAUCCAUCCAUCCAUCAAACUAUACUUUGCCACAAUUUCUCCUCCAGUUUGUUUUAUUUCUCUACCUCCUUUGCACUAUUCCUCCGCUGUGUCCUUCCAGUGUGUUUGAUUGUGUAGCUGUUUUCUGAUUUUUGUCAUGGAAGCACAGUGUGAAGAAAUAAUUUGUCAUGAAAUGACAUUUUCUCAAAACUGUAAAUGAAACUGGCAGACUGACAGAGCAUGAUGGCUUUUUGAUGCAGCCCAUUCAUAAAUUAUAAUUGGCUAUACAGUGACAGAUCAGUCAAUAAUGAUACAUGUAUUAUCAAAAUGUAUCAGUGGUAGGCUUAGUAAAACAUGUUAAAAUGUACUAUGCAUAGUCUAUGCAGGGAUAGAAUAGCACAGUAUUUUUUUUUGUUAGGCAGACUGCUGUGUUGAUUUUUAAUGAGGCAUUUCUGUUUUUGCAUUGGAAGAUUUAAAUUUGACCAGGGAGAGAAAGUUUGGUGUGAGUUAAAAGUGCAACAGUGAAACAGUGGUCUAUUAAUUAAUGUAAACUUGGACAGUUCCCAUAUACUUUACUUUUCUUACUUCUACACAUUGAUUGCAGUUCCAGACAUUAUGUGAAAAGACAGUACACUGCAGUUAUAUUCUUUUUGUCACAUUUGAUGAUCCAUACUUGGUCAGAAGAUAGUUUGUACAUGUGUACUGUCAAACAGGUAAUAAGAAUCAAAAGCUUUUUUUUCAAGAUAUAGCACACCUACACUUUAACAAGUGUAUGAUUAAUAAGCAUAUUUCAGAUGUUUGAAUGUCUACUGAUGCAUGUUGAAAUGUACUAUUUCUCUGUCUCAGAAUUAUGUGGUAGGGCAUCUUUUACUGAUUAAAGAAAACCUGCCUUUCAAUUUACAUGCAUAACUUAACUAUCCAAGAUGAAUGACUCAUUAAUGAUUCAGUUUUACCUGCCACAGGAGCCUAUAUUAGGAUAAAGGUGUUAACAGAGGUGAUUGCAGCUCUUUUAAAAGGAAUUUGUCUUUUAUAGUAUUAAUGGUUUAUCUACAUUCUUGUAAUAGACUUGUAGUUCAUCUACAUGAAGACUAAAUAUGUAAUAGGUAGUCCAUUUAGUAGCUCAGCUCUUGUUUAUGCAUCCAUUUAUUAUGGAUAUAUCAGGAUGCAUCAUCACUAAAACUGUGUACUCAUUAUCCAUACUGUAUGCUUCUCAUAUUGUAUGUUGAGAAAUUUUCUCCCAAUGGUGCACAACUCAAUGAUAAGAACUAUGUGCUCUGUGUACUGUAUGCAGUGUAAUUGCACAGUUUUGCAAUUUAAGUUUAAUAUGUAUCCUGGCACAGUAACUAAGUUUUAUUAACUUUGAUUUAUCUUUCCAAGCACUUUUUUUUUCUUUUGCUUGGACAUGUUGGGCACAGAGUACCAAAGGCAACCUGCUGAUAUUGACAUUUUGAACCAGGUUCCUGUGCUGUGUGUACUGCACAACACAUUCAUACAUACUGUAUAUGAAUUUUUAGUAUGGUUUUUACUAGAGCUCAUUCAGGACAACAGCUGUAUGGCAGCUGUUUGAUCACAGCCAUGAUGACCUAGGUAAUGAUGUGUUUUGUAUUUGAGAGACUCAGGGUCGUGUUGCAGUAAGAUGGCAGUACAGUGCAUUGCGUAUGGAUGACUAACACGGGGAUAGCAUGAUAUACUCCUAUAGUGUCCAUGUUUUAUUUUUAUGAUUCCAGUGUGAUGUGUCAAAAUGCUUCAGUAUUUUUGGACAUAUUAAAUGGUCACUCUCAGGAGCGCAGGUAAUCUUGGCCAUUGAUUAAACCAUAGAUUAACGAAGAGGAAUGCUUGACUAAUUCAUGUUGAUUUUGAAUUCUCUUGCAUUUUCAUGAACCCCAUGCUUUUAAUCCCUUUGUGUAUCUGACUGAACAAAGCUUUAUUAAUGACUGAAUUGUAUGAGAGUGAAAAUCCAAGUAUGUUGAGAACUAUGUUGCACUGUCUAUAGUGAAAUAAAUCUUCUGUGUCUGUUCAUGCUGAAAUAAAGCUGAUUCAUUUGGA